GAUUGGCCAGAGCGGCCGCCUUUCACGGCCGCCUGCAGCGCGUGCGCAGUGAGCCAGGCCGCGGGCAAUGCUGCUGAGGAGGGUAGCUGGGGGAGGCCGCGCGGUGGCUGCCGCUACCCUCGGCGGGGGGCCACUGUCCAGCUGGGACUGGUGCCAAAAGCUUCCUGGAGGCAGCAGCCUUCUUCGCAGGAUCCAAGUCCGUGGAGCCCACAGAGAGUUUGGGAAGAACCAUGUGGAAGUGGGGUCCGGGCAGCCCAAGUCCUCCCUGCCGGGUGGGGGCCCCUCAGGACCUCUGUACCCGCCACCACCUGAGCUCCAGCCACCCACCAACUGCUGCAUGAGCGGCUGCCCCAACUGCGUGUGGGUAGAGUAUGCAGAUGCACUGCUUCAGCACUACCAGGACGGCGGGGAGCGGGCCCUGGCCGCCCUGGAGGAGCACGUAACUGAUGAGAACCUCAAGGCCUUCCUCCGGAUGGAGAUCCAGCUCCGCAUUAGGAGUGGAGGCUGAGCCACCUGGCCAGACACCCUCACCCCGACACACUCCUCCUCGGGAUCCUGCACAGCCGCCUUUAUCCAUGGCCCCUUCAUGCGGCUGGUGCUGGCAGGAGUAGGAAGAGUUGUUUAUUGACUUUGCCUGAGAAUAAAUACAUUCUCUGUGGUGGUUAGA